UGGAUUUUGUUCGCGUGGAGUCGUUUCCGGAGACAUUUCAGUGCUGAUGAAGCAGACAUAAAAUAAUAAAUUAAUUAAAGUAUUUAAUUCGGGCGAUAAAGGAACAGCAAUUAUCUUUCAGUGCAUACAAUAUUUUGUUUGAUAUUUUUGGGGGGAUCAGCACUGCGUUACGAAAUGAUCCCAACGAAACGCUUGCUAGCGUAGCUAUGUCCUCAAAAGCCGCUGCAAAGCAAUGUUGUUGCUAGCUAACGACGUUACGAGAGGGACCAUAGCUAACGUAACUCGAUAGCUAGUUUUCUCCUCGCCAUCAUAUUUACGUUGACUUUUCCGUUACAUCCAACGCCUCUGCAGUAGCAUUAUGGUGUGCUGUGUCAAUGGGCAUUUGUUUUGUAACUAUCUAGUUUACUAUACAUAGAAAACGUUGUUUAGUUUAAUAACUUUUCAAAACCAACUACUCCGAGUUCGGCUAACUAGCCAAUGUUAAUGUUAGCUUCUAACUCACGACAUUGUUCAACGCAAAGACCGCUACGAAACCCUACUAUCAACGCAAGGCUUUCUUCCAGUUUCGUUUGUACUACGUUAACUUGACAAGCUUGCUAGUUGUCUGGAAUACGAUGGCUUCUUCGUCGGGAAACGAUGACGACCUCACCAUUCCCAGGGCAGCUAUCAACAAAAUGAUCAAAGAAACUUUGCCCAACGUACGGGUUGCCAACGAUGCGAGAGAACUUGUUGUGAACUGUUGCACAGAGUUCAUACAUCUAAUUUCAUCAGAGGCGAAUGAAAUAUGUAACAAGUCUGAAAAGAAGACUAUAUCUCCUGAACAUGUUAUUAAUGCACUUGAAAGCCUGGGUUUUGCGUCGUACAUCACAGAGGUGAAGGAUGUCUUGCAGGAAUGUAAAACUGUAGCACUUAAGAGGAGAAAGGCCAGCUCUCGCCUGGAAAACCUGGGUAUACCAGAGGAAGAGCUCCUUAGACAACAACAGGAACUCUUUGCUAAGGCACGGCAACAGCAAGCAGAGCUAGCCCAGCAGGAGUGGCUCCAGAUGCAGCAGGCUGCCCAGCAGGCCCAGUUGGCUGCAGCAUCUGCCAGUGCUGGACAGCAGGCUGGCUCCUCACUGGAUGAGGAUGACGAGGAUGACAUGUGAUGAUGAUGACCCCUGGGGCCUGGAAUUUGGGCAACAACAAGAAGGCAGGGUCAUCUUCAUAAGGGCACACCGUAGCAAAACAUUUUGCAAUGGAUACUGAAAGCAGGCAUUUCUUAUUGGAUCACUACAGAUAGUAGGCUACCACCCUGUUCCGGGCUGUUUUCUCCCUGUUUGAACACAACCUAGGCCAUAUCCCUUUUCUUUGGACAGUGUCAGCAAGCAGCCCUCUCUCUUCCAACGCUCUCAUUGGUAGAGAUCUGAGCUAUGUAGAAGCAUAAUGUGCGUAAUCCCACCAGUCAAGUAUCAGGCGUACAUGUUGUUAUGGACAGUUUCAAGCUAUAUAGAUAGACAUAUUUUUUUUGAAUUUGACAGUAGUAUCUGAAAAUGCACUUAUUUGGAUAAAGAUGCAUUUUCAAGCAUUACCUCCACUCAGCUGAAAUUUUAUGUUAACUCUGUCAUGGAAUUGUCAUGUGCUGUGUGAUCUGGAGAUUGUUGGAUGCAAGGUAGAAUGGAACAUGCUGAAGGUAGAAAGUGUAUUGGAAAAAAAGUAUCAUGGUUUUGGCUAUGUUGAGAAAAGAACAUUAGUACAGUUCGGGUACUGCUCCUUUAGAUUGUUUCUACUAGAUUAUUUGGGGGGUUCAGGAGAACAGCUCCUCACUCUUUGCCAAAGGUGGGCUUUACUUAAUUCCUCCUACCCAUUUGUGGUCCUUUUUUGGUAGUAGUUUUGACAUAAAUAGUUCCUUACCCCCUUCUUUGUAUGUUUGUUUAACAGGACGGAUGUGUCUAAAACAGCACCCUAUGUCCUAUAUAGUGCAUUACAUUUGACCAGAACCCCAUAGGCCCUGGUCAAGUAUUGCACUAUAAUGGGAAUAGGGUGCCAUUUAGAACCCCAUAGGCCCUGGUCAAGCAUUGCACUAUAAUGGGAAUAGGGUGCCAUUUGGGAUGCACACAAUAUUUCUGAAACACUUAGGGGGGUUGUGAAUAUGUAUUUGAUUUGUAAAAUUGGGUUUGAAAAUGCUUUUUAUUUUAGCUCAGUCGUUAUCAAAGUAGGUUGAUGCUUUUUUUCUUAUGUUCACCUACAGUAUUGCUAAUUGAUUAGCUACUCAUUUCAGAAUAUUUUUGACUCAUAGAACCAAAUAUAUAGGCUGCAUCCCAAAUGGCACCCUCUUUCCUAUGUAGUGCAAUACUUUUUUUACCAGAACCCAAGUGGCCUUGGUCAUAGUGCACUAUAUAUGGAAUAGGGUGCAAUGUGGGACACAACUUAACAACCCUGAGCAUAUGAGAUGAGGCCAAGGUGUAUGUUCCAUGUGUAGAACAGAGACUUGGGUGCAGUGUGCACUCAGGUUACUGUUCACAAUGCUGAUGGUAACUUUCACUUUGUAAAAAUGCUUUAUCUUGGCAUAAUCUGUUUUUGUUUGCAUCCCAAAUGCCAGCCUAUUUCCUUUAGUGCAUAUGAAUACUUUAGUUCUAGUCAAAAGUAGUGCACCAUGUAGGGAAUAGGGUGCCAUUUGGGGUGUACCCUUUUUUUCCAGUGUGGAAGGAAAAAGUUGCAUUGUGAAUGUGUGGUGAAUUGUUUAAAAAUGUAAAGAUUGGUAACCUCUAGGUGUGAUACACAUUCACAUGCCUUCUAUAAAGUUGUAUUCUUUAAGCAAUAAAGUUAACAUGUUUUAUAGAGACCAA